GUGCCCGUGCGGCUUUAACCGAGUCGUUCCUCGCGCGCUCCCCCGCAGAGCAGACCGCGAUGGGCCGCUACACGGGACACACGUGCCGCCUCAUCUUCAUGCUGGUGAUCACGGUCAUCUUCUUCGUGGCCGAGAUCGUCACGGGUUACUUGGGCAACUCGCUGGCGCUGGUGUCGGACUCCUUCAACAUGCUGUCGGACACCCUGUCGCUGUGCGUGGGCCUGGCGGCGGGCAGACUGGCGCGCCGCCCCGCGUCCCCGCGCUGCACCUUCGGCCUGGGCCGGGCUGAGGUGGUGGGCGCGCUGGCCAACGCGGCGUUCCUGGCGGCGCUCUGCUUCUCCGUGUCCGCCGAGGCGCUCAAGAGACUGGCGCGGCCCGAGGCCGUGGACGAGCCGUUCAUCGUGCUGAUCGUCGGCGCCCUCGGACUCGGCGUCAACAUCGUCGGGCUGCUCGUCUUCCAGGACUGCGGGUGGCUCUGCCCCAGGAAGCAGGAGCGCGGCCGAGGCGAAGCCGCCGGGAAGAUCGUCAUGAACGGCGAAGCAGGCUCGCAUCAGGCUGCUUUACCAGACCAGGAGAAGAAGCAGAGCGACGGCCCGCCACUAAACAUAAGAGGAGUUUUACUCCACGUGCUGAACGAUGCUUUGGGCUCAGUCGUUGUGGUGGUGGCCUCUGUGCUGUUUUACGUAUGGCCCUUGCCACCUGAUGCCCCCUGUAACUGGCAGUGUUACGUGGACCCUAGUCUGACGCUGAUCAUGGUGGCCAUCAUCAUGUCCUCAGCUGUUCCUCUGGUAAAAGAGACCACCAGAAUCCUGCUGCAGAUGAGUCCACCUGACGUGGACGUCUCCAUGAUCUUGGAGGACGUAUGCCAGCUGCCUGGAGUCCUCGGCGUUCACGAAGUGCACGUAUGGGAGCUGGCCAAGGAUCGGAACGUGGCCUCUUUGCACAUCAAAGUGACCUCCGACCUGGAAAGCUCUAAAGGUGAAAUCAGAAACCUCCAUAUGCAGGUCAGAGCGAUGUUCCAUCGACUGGGAGUCCACAGCGUCACUCUUCAGAUGGAGUUCACCAAUGAAGAGGUGGAGGACAGCCACUGCACCACUCCGUGCAUCUCCUACGACUGUUUGAAGCAAGCCUGCUGCCCUGCCGAUCCCAAAACACACAACCACACCGAUCUCCAUAAAGUCAAAGACUCCUGUUCUUCUGGAGAAGUGGUUGUGGUCCUUGGGGAUGUGAGAAAAGAGGAAGCGAAACAGUUGACUACGCCGCUUUGAACCUGCAUAAGUUUACUAAAGUAAACUUUAACGGCGCAUCCCAGGGAUUUCCAGACUAUUAGCCAUGUUAAGUUUCAUCCUAGACACAGCCUUUGUUUGAGCCUUUAUGGCUAACGGACAGGGCUUUCCCCCCCAUAAUGCACUGCAAGCAUACGCAUCAUUCACCUGACGCUCAUUAAGCCUACCUAAAUCUGUGGUUUUAGUUUCAGCAACGUUUGCGUUCAGUGUGGUUAAGACGGACAGUUAUACUAGGAGCGAAUUUAAAUACACAGUUGAACCAGCAUUUUGUUCUUUUAAAAGAUGCAGUGUAACUUUCACAUCCGAUCAGUUAAAUGAUCACUAAUCAGUCACUAAUUAGCCGCUUUGCUAACUACUUACUAGGUGACACUUUUAGGAAGCUCCACAUAAAAACUCAUAUUUUCAAUCAUUCAUCGUCCUGCCACCUAGACAUCUUUUCUACAUGAAGAGACAUUAAAACCCUUUGCUCUGGCUAAAAUCUAAAUAAAUUCUAUCAAACCAUGGAGUUUGGUUGGUGUUAGUCUGAAGAGUAAAGCUCCUACAGCUCUCCAAAGAUACCCCUGAACAUUCCAUAUUAGCGAGAUAUUAACUACCUACUGAAGAAGCUAGCCAUGUGCAAAAACUGACAAGUGAGCGCCCUCAAACAGUUACUACUAAAUUCCAGAAUCGAUAUAGAACCCCUAACGUCAUUCUGGUAGCUUUUUUUUUUUCAUACAAAAUUCAUUGACCUCAGGGACUAGAGGGACCUUUUGUACGUGUGCACAAACUAUUGUAUUUAUUUAUCUUUCUCUGUUUAAUUAGUUUCCUCUAGACUCUUCAGGUUUGUAUGCCGUUUCCACCCUUUUGGGGAAAGUCUAGUUUUGCAAAGAACAAUCAGACUACUGAGACGGAUAUUGGGAUCUUAAAUCUCAUGGUGCUGUUCAUUAAUCCCGGUGAGCACGGACUUGAUAGGCUUAGGAAGCUGCGAACUGUGCAUGGGAAAAUAUUUGAGAUGUCAUUCAUAACUUCAUUAUUUUAAGCCACUCUUAAAUUAAUGCAGUACCGCCAAAAAAAUGAAAGUGUAGGGAAUUAUAGGCCACUAUUUACUAAACUAGGCUAAUUAGAUUAGUAGUUAUUAAGUCAAAACAUAUAUAGUUGCAAAACAACGCCAUUGCCAUCCGUUUGCAUCGGAAAGGUAAAUCAGUGAGAACAUCCAUUAAAAGGGGGAAACGUGUCAAUACAACAGUAGCACAUCAAAGGCGUUCCUCACUGAGGCAGCAUCGUCACCAGCUUUUAUAUAACUAAGGAAGCAUUUAGCCACUUUUCACCACAAGUUUAAGGCAUCGCCAUGGCUAAACUUCUUGAGAUAUCAAACAGCCACAGUGGCGAUUGUAUGGACUAUAUCAAAUCCCAUUGGAUGCGUUCGGCAAACAACCCAAAAA